CAGGCCGCAGUCAAGUGGUACGUAGGCAUUAAAUGUUAACGAUAACCAGACAGACGAAACGUUGUUCGCGAUUAUUGUCAGGGCUUCAACAAAGGGGGAACGUUUUAAAUCAUUGUAAAGUGGCAUAUAUCACGCUGGAAUUGCAAUUAGCGUGGUACGUAUCUGUGUCCCCCGGUGUCGCGUUCACUUGUCGACGCGCUUUGUGUUUACGAACAAACGCGUGCAUUCAUCCAUCGUCUGAUUCUUCGCCGAGAGUUUUCACUAACAAAUUACAAUUGUGUUACAUGACCGGUCAUAACGUGACAACGUAAACGAACCAUAUUUUAUACUCUGACCGUAGUAGUCGUUGCCAGCUUUACUUAUCGAUAUUUUGCCGCGAAGAAAUAAUGAAUAUUGAAAAAGACUAGAAGAUAUUCAAAUAUUUUUCAAUGAUGAAAUUACUAGCGGGUGUGGAAGAAGUAAGCGAUCAAAGUGAAAAGCAACCUAACGACGAUCAACAGCACAACAACAACCAUGAGAAGCAACCAAAAACAGAUAUCACCCAAGAGACCCUCAAAUUACUUACUGGAGAGGUAUACCGUAGAACCUCCAAAAAAUUGGAGGAUUCACCUAUUAAAGGUAAACUUACGCCGGAAGAUGAAGAAAAAAUGAGACGUCUUUUGCCUUACAAAGAAGCUCCUGAAUAUCUUCAACACAAUCCUUAUAUUCUUCAUGGUUAUCGAGGAUAUCUUACCACAAAACUAUGUAUCGAAAGUAUAUUCUGGUGGACAAAUGAAACAGUAAACAUAUGGAGUCAUAUAUUCGGAUGGAUGUUAUUUUUUGGUCUGACUCUGUACGAUCUAUGUCUACUGAAUAUUCACGCACCUUUUGGUGACAAAAUGAUAGUAGCACUUCUAUUAGUUUGUUUUCAGGCAUGUAUGAUAUUAUCAUCAGUGUAUCACACAUUUUCUUGCCGAAGUGAACGUGAUUAUUGGUGUUUCUUAUCAUUUGAUUUGUUCGGCAUUGCUUUAAGUCUUUUAUCGAUAUACAUGUCUGGAAUUUAUUAUGCUUUUUGGUGUCAUACGGAAUUACAGAGAUUUUAUCUCAUAACCGUAUUAGCAAUUUUUAUAUUUGCAAUGGUAUUGCAAAUACCAAAAUUAAAUGUCAAUGGCAACGUCAAACUAGUCGUUUUUGUCGCUUGGGCGGCUUAUGGAGUUUUGCCAACGCUGCAUUGGAGCAUUGUUAUGGGUGGUUUGGACAACCCAAUCGUUAGAAUGUUGCUUCCAAGGGUAUUAGGAAUGUAUAUUAUUAGUGGUGUAGCAUUCGCUAUUUACUUGAGUAAAAUACCAGAACGCUUUUGUCCAGGAUGGGUAGAUUAUAUUGGUUCUUCUCACCAAUGGUGGCACGCGUUGGUAGUAUUGGCUCUUUAUUAUUGGCACAAUACUGGAAUGCUUUACGUAGAAUACAGAAUGAACCACGGUUGUCCAACCAGUAUAAGAUCAUUAUGACAAACACAGACUGGCGACCAAUCAGGUUUUAUCAUGGAAUGCGCUUGCGCUAUGGAAUUUAAUGUUUGGUCGUCAGAAUAUUACAACAAGCUACCGUUUUAUGCUGUUGAGAGAAAGACAACUUGCGCAAUUGAGAAUCCAUUACAAGCGUACCUUCAUCGGCAGACAAUCUAAUAUCACAAUGCGCAAUAUUCGUAAUAUAUAUAUUUGAAAUAUUAUUAUUGCGGAUUCUUUGACAACGUCUUGAUAAUGUUUUCUAACACUAGUGAUUUUAAUUUAUUUUAUAUUUAUACAUUUUAAAUAGAUGCAUUGCGUUUUCCUUUUAUUCGUACAAUUUUUAUAACAAACAAUCUUCAUAAACAUUUAUUUUAUUUCUAUUGAGAGAAGUAUGAUUUUCUAAUAUUCUUUUUCUUGCAAUAAUUAUUAUCGAGAAUAAAAAGCGAAUGAUUACGGUACACAUUAUAAUAUUUGAUAAUGUAUCUUCUCGUAAUUAUACUUACGAAGAUGUUUAUGCAAGUAACAAAAGUUGUUAAGAUUGUACAUUUCAAUGGAUAUUUAUUAUUUAAUAACCAAAAUUACUUGUGCAUAUUAUAAAAUACCAUUUGUAAAAAGUAUAUUAUAAGAUAAACAAUAGAUAUAGAAAAAUG